AUGCUGCGUGGUAAGCUCUCCCGUCGAAACCAAGUGCUCGAGGUUAUCAGGCGAGCGUACUACCGUGAUGUGAUCAUUAUUAAGGAGGAGCUGCGUCAAUAUGGAGGGAAGUUGGGUCACGCAGGUUCAGCGGCGUCAUUGCGAGGAGAGAUGCCAAAGCUGCAACGAACGCCAUCCCGUCAGAUUGGAGCACCUGUAUCGAAUGACGGCGGGCUUUCUAGCGUGCCUUCAGUGGAUUUACGCGAGGCGCUGCCCCUGUUUGCACCAAGCGAAACUAUGCUGCAAGUACACCCUUGUGAGACCUGCGGCGGCCACCUUGAGCUCGUUCAUGGGGAGAGCAAAGAACUCAAGGCUGCUAGGCAAGAGAUGGCUCGAGCAUCGAAAGGAGAGCAACAAAUGCGAACCGUGGUGCAUCGAAUGCGCUCUGAGGCCAAGCAGAUGGAAGAAGUUAAUGACGCGCUACAGCAACGCGUGAAGGCGCUGAUGAAAGAAAAUGCGUACACGCUCGAGCAAUUGCAAGCCGCGCGGAAAAUGGAGCGCGAGCAGAAGGUCAUCAUUGCAGGCAUGCGCUCCAAACUACAGCUCACUCAAGCUACACAAGACGAGAUCGAUCGCCUCGCAAGCGAGUACAAGGAUGUGAAGCAACAGCUCAUCCGGUCGAACCACGAUCGCGAUAUUUUCUCAGCCUCAAACAACCACCUGAAAGAAGAGCUUGCUGAGGUUACAAAGGCUUUGCAUGUGGUAAAGGUUGAGAAGGCUCAAAUUGAGUCAGACUUUGGCACUAACUACUACCGCCUCCAGGAAGAGACGAAGAAAGCUAAGCAGCUGGCUGUGGAUCUCGCAGCUCGUGAUGAACAGCUCAAGGAGAAAGUUGCGCUUUGUACUGAGCAACAGCAAUCGCUAACAUCUCUCAAAGAGGAGCUAGUAUCGACGCUACAGCGCUUUGAACAGACCAAGCGGCAUCUUGAAGAUCAACUUAUUGAAGAAGAGCGCGCACGGGAGGAGAUGCAAGAGCAAAACUUAGAAUUUCGACGUUUAAACAAGAAGCUUGUGCGAGACUUGGAGAACUUGCACAGUCACUCAAUGGACAUGGAUAUGCCUUCCAUGGGCGACGAUGCUGAAAUCUCGGAGAAGCAAGAGAGCACCAGCUCAAAGAAGGAGCGCGGGCAACGCCCAGCAGCUGCGAACCAGGCGAUGGCAAUGCGCAACAACAUGCGCAAGAAGCUAGAUGAUCUACAAUGUCAACUGGAAUGGGCCCUAAUGCGCGAGAACGAUUUAGCUGGGAUGCUGGCGCGCAACCCAAGCGUAGCAGCCGCCAAGGUACCUGGCCUGAAGCGGGACGCAACGCGCAACACGACCGAAAAAGAGGCUGGUCGACCAAGUAAGAAACCUGUGCAUGGUUCACAGGGUGAGUCUGAAGUAUCGGAGUCUUCGUUGAAAGAAGAAGAUGAGUCACAGGAGGCAUUGGAGAUCAAUGAAAAGAACUUCGAGGCGUAUCACAAGGAAGUGUCGCGUAUGCUAACCGAAGUGAAAGAAGGCAAGGACAAAAUCGCUAAACAGCAGAAAGUCAUCACGGAGCUGGAACGGAAGAAUCAUGUGCUCACGGAUCGUCUUGAAGAGUCCAAGUUGUCCAUUGAGGCUCUAACUGGCAGUGUGAACGCAUUGAAGAUGCGGUUAAACCAGGAUAGCGCAGGUGCAGCUGAGAUGAUGGAAGCAAUGAUGCGGCAAAUCGACGAGGGCAAGCGAGACCAACAGUAUGAGGUUGAAAGAAGCGUCAUUCUGAUGACAUUUCUACGCCAGGUGUCUCAGUCCGUGCAUGAAGUCAGCGACAACAAGGCGCUCAUCCUGGAGCUUGAGCUGGACGUGAUUCCCUCCGAUGACCCCAACGACUUCAGUGGUGCUGAAGGCGGCAUGCAGAUGAUGGAGCUACAACGUAAAAAGCGUGAAGUGCGUCGAAAGGUGCUGAUGGAUAAGGCGAUGAAGAAAUUCUCGAUCAUGUGUCACAAUCGGGCCGAGCUUAUCGCUGUCGAGAUGCAAAAGAUGCGAGGAAGCUUUGAGCGGAUGCGCGAGGACCUCGACCAGGCUGAGAACAAGAUCGACUCCGAUCAACUCCAUAUCCGAACACUUGAGGCAGAAAUCGCAAAACUCCGUCUGACAGUCGAGAUGGGGAAGAAUACUCUUGGGAAACUGGAAAGGACGCUGAAACAAACAACGGACGACCUCAAUGAGUACACGAUGAGGUUCAGGAUACAAGGGGAGGAAAUGACGAUCCUAAAGGGCGAGCACGAAAAGUUACAAGAGGACCAGAACCGACUUACACUACUUUUGUUCGAGAAGACCAACGCAUGGCAAAAAGAGAUCAGCACGAAUGACAAGUGUAACCAAAGGAUAGAGAAGCUGGAGAAAGCAAUCGGUGAGGUGAAGACGGAAAGAGAGACCCUGCAGAAUAAGCUCGAUGAGAUUGAGGCUCUGGCUGAGUUUCGCCGCCGGACGAACCGCAGCGUGGAAGUCUCAGCGAUUCCUGAGACCACCGAGGCGGAGAUUCAAACAGACCGGUGGAAGCCACAGGGACUGAUUCUACGACAGCGAAAUGGCCCUGACCGCAUGCCGCAGCGAUAUCUGGGCAAGGCCUCAGUUAUGAUUCACUGUCCUGAGCUGAGCCGCCCGACAACGUCUCUUGGAAUGGAAACAGCCCCUACUCCUCAAAACCAGGAUCUCGGACUGGGUGCAUUAUCCAGCCCGAAUGGAGGCAUGCCACAGAUAAUAUCGGACACUGAUGAGCAUAUGCGCGGACUGCUUGAACUCAAUGUCUACCCAUCGCUCAAGGCUGGCGGUCGUCAGAUCAAGACAAGCUACGCCAGCUCGCACCCCAAAGCGCUUUCGAGACUCUACUUGUCAUCUGAUGGCGUUUCUCAGAAAUACAUCGCACCGUCAGCUCGAGGCGAGGGUGCUCAACAACAGCGUAGUUCGUUUGAUGGACGACCGGCAACAGUUCUCUGA